AUGAGGAACAUGCACGGCACGUUCUGCCAUGAUCGUCGAGAAGUUCGUACAAGGAAGAGCAUGCUGAAUUUCAGACAACAGUAUUCUCAUCAGGUUUGGGUGCCCGCCAUACCAUCGUGGGAGAAAGAAUUCUGCCAAACAAUCGGCUUAUUCACGUGGGGAAAUUUCUUGGAGGCCAAAAGGGAGACGAUACGUUCGCCGGGUAAGAUCAUCGAUUGGGACGACUCGGCAGCUAAGGACGCGUUUGACCACGCCAAGAGCGCUUUUUUCGCCAAGAAAUUCAAUAUCGACCUCCCAAAUAAUCAUGCCGCUAAUUACCCAAUACCGGGCCCGGAUUCGUAUAUUGACGAGAUUAAAUGGCACGAUGAUGGAGUGAGCCUGGAUAAUGAGUUGGAACUGAGUCGAGCAGCGAGUGACGAUGAUCAGAAGGAAGAUGGUUAUGAUCAUCCUGCAAUUGAUUUAAGUAUGAUAAAGCCUACAGGAUGGAUAGAUGAUAAUGAUCAAGUGUAUUUUUCUAGCGGCAAAGUUUUGGCAGGUCUUGUUAUUGGGUAUUGA